AUGUCAUCAAUAGAAGAUCAGACGCGAGUUUUUUUAUGGACUGCUCCACGUUGCAUAUCAACAGCAUUUCAACGAGCAAUAAUAAAUCUUUACAAUGGUAAAAUAUUUCAUGAGCCUUUUUCCCAAUUCUAUUAUUUCGCUCCUAACCGUAAAAGUGACCGCUACAGAAAUAUUCCUGAUCAACUUGAUGGUACUUUGGAUGCUAUCAGUAAAAGUCUUUCGGCCAAACACGAAGGAAAGAAAUUUGUCUUCUCCAAAGAUAUGGCUUAUUAUCUGAAGGAUAAUUUUGAAAUUCUUCGACAGAAAGGUCUUAGAAAUUUCAAACAUUCCUUUCUCAUUCGUAAUCCAAAGAAAGCUGUUCCUUCUCUUUAUCAUGCAUCAAUAAAUUCAAAGAAGACCGGUUGGGAUUAUUUCGAUCCACAAGAAGCUGGAUUUCGCGAAUUGUUGGACUUGUAUGAAUUUGUUGUUAAAGAGUUAGACCAAAGUCCUAUUGUCGUCGACGCCGAUGAUCUUCUUGAAAAUCCUGAAGCAAUGCUGAAAAAAUAUUGUGAUGCGUCAGGUUUGGAGUACAUGGAAAAUAUGACUAGUUGGGAACCAGGGGUUGCAAUACCAGAGUGGAACCUAUGGACCGGCUGGCAUGAUGCUGUUGCUAAGAGCUCAGGAAUAAAGAAGAAAGAUAAAAUGACCUCAUCAAAAGAAAAAGAAAGCGAUGAAAUAGAUGAGAUUCUGUCUUGUGUCAACGAAAGUUUAAAAUGUUAUGAAGUUUUGUACGAAAAACGUUUAAGACUUGAUUCUUAAGUUAUUUAUACUAGACUUUAACAUAAUUAAAGACGAUCAUUUGUGGAACUAUUAUUCCAUUAUAGGAAACACUCCAUUUUAUUUUAAAGAUGUUAUGAAACUGUCACGUAAAAAAUCAAGUAAACUAGUCCAGAAUGACUGAACUUAUGUAAAUUAUUUUGUUUAUGUAGAUUAGCUAAAGAACAUUCAAUAUAAUAUCAGUUACAGAUUCUUAGCGAAAUAUACGGUAAAAAUCUCGGUAUAAAGUGAAUAGGUUAUGAAUUUGGAAUUAUUUUAUGUUACAUUAAAAAACGACAGAUAGCCGCUUUGGUUCGAAAUUUGUUAAGAACAUUCUUUAAAUGUAUACACUGCACCAACUCAUAUGUGUAAUGGUGAAUCAAUUUCGAACUGCGCCUGACAACACAGAGAAAUUUUACAUAGAUGUAACCAUUUUUAUUAUUAAAUAAUCGCGGUAAUACACCAAGAUUUCUUAAUUAUGAAACAAUAAAUAUGACGUUCAUUUCGUAUGGGAAA